AUGCCGCUUCCUGGGCUCUUCCUGGUGCUCCAGCUCUCGGGAUGCUGCAUCCCGGGCUCUUCCUGGCGCUCCGUCUCUCGCGUCCCGGCCCUGCCCUGCCCCGCGGCCGCGUCGCUGCUCCGGUGCCUGCACAACCUGCCCAGCAGCUCCCAGCACCAGUCCAGGCACCGGCGCUUCCGUAGGGAAGUGGGAGCCACAGGUGCCAUCGGAGCGCUCCAGAGGAGGGUUCCGCGGCCGUCUUGCACCAACGGGCACCUCAUGUGCGCCGGCUGCUUCAUCCACCUGCUGGCGGACGCGCGGCUCAAGGAGGAGCAGGCGACGUGUCCCAACUGCCGCUGCGAGAUCAGCAAGAGCCUCUGCUGCCGCAACCUGGCCGUGGAGAAGGCGGUGAGCGAGCUGCCCGCCGAGUGCGGCUUCUUCGCCCGCCAGUUCCCCCGCUCAAUCCCCGCGCCAACUCCCUCCGCCCUUCCCACCCUCAGGGUGACGCAGUGCAAGUACAAGCGGAUCGGGUGCCCAUGGCAGGGCCCCUACCAUGAGCUGACGGUGCACGAGGCCGAGUGUACCCACCCCACCAAGACGGGCAACGAGCUCAUGGACAUCCUGGACGAGAUGGACCAGACGCGCAAGAAGGAGAUGCAGCUCUACAACAGCAUCUUCAGCCUGCUCAGCUUCGAGAAGAUCGGCUACACAGAGGUGCAGUUCCGCCCGUACCGCACGGACGACUUCAUCACGCGCCUCUACUACGAGACGCCGCGGCUCACGGUGCUCAACCAGACGUGGGUGCUCAAGGCGCGCGUCAACGACUCGGAGCGCAACCCCAACCUGUCGUGCAAGCGCACGCUCUCCUUCCAGCUCAUCCUCAAGAGCAAGAUCAACUCGCCCAUGGAGUGCUCCUUCCUGCUGCUCGAGGGGCCCUACGACGACGUCAAGAUCAACCCCGUCAUCUACCACUUCGUCUUCACCAACGAGAACAACGAGACCGACUACAUGCCGCUGCCCAUCGUGGACUCGGUGGAGUGUAACAAACUGCUGGCGGCCAAGAACAUCAACCUGCGGCUUUUUAUAUUUCCUAUACAGAAAUAA